CCUUCCCUUCCCUUCCCCUCCCCUUCCCUCCCCUCCACCCCUUUAUAUACAAGCGAACUGUAAGCCUCCAGUCCCCUGCCUAUAUCUCUGUCUUUCACUCUACUUCAACGAAGAAGAUCCUAUUCUUUCCCUCUCGCAUUUGCUUUUUCUUUGCACCGAUCCCGACAUCCGAAGAUGCCCAAAAGGAGGCCUCUUGUCAUCCUCAAGAGGGUCUCGAACCUCCUGAAGAGGUCGGUCUACAUUGCCAAGUUGAGCACCAAGCCCAUCAUCCCGAGGCUCAUUCUGCUCAAAAAAUCGAGGAAGGCAUGCCGGAAGAGCUACCACUACCAGUUCCUCCAAGAGUACGAGUUCUCCCCUUCGAGCACGCCCCUCAUUGGCUACAACACCAGGGAAUUGAACCGUAAAAGGUUCCGAGGCAUCACUAAUUCGCUGUUCUAUCUAUGUGGCUGCUUGGGGGAGGCUACAACGAGUCCCGCAAUGGAUGGAGAUUACGCUCCGCUAGCCCUGCCACCGGCCAUUGGAGAUGCCUUCCUAGGGAAUACGGACUUUGACUCAGUAGACGGGGAAGAAGAUUCGGUGGAUCAGAGGGCCGAGAGGUUCAUCGAGAAUUUCUACGAGGAGAUGCGAAUGCAGCGAAGAGCAUCGAUCUAGCGACUUGCGGACAACUGUAGCUGGUCGUCGAUUUCCUUUUUUGUUUCAUUGCUUGGCUCUUUAGGAAUUCCAGAUGGUUUUUUGCAGAACGUGGAAAUUUGUUUUCCUCUCCUUUCUUUUUCUCCUUUGAUUAAUUCUUCCCUUUUAUAGAUUCCUUUGAUUAAUUCUUGAAUGUGUUUGAGUGUCUUUGAAAAUAAUGGGAAUUCAAUCAAUUGAAUGGUUGAAAGUUCUUUAGUAAA